AUGAAAAUUGCAGUUGUGGGUUCUUGCUAUGGCGAGCUGGACCGGGUCUACGAUGCGGUCAGGAAGUUGGCAAAGCAGGGCAUCACCCUUGACUUGCUGAUUUGCUGCGGUGACUUCCUCUCAGUGCGGGAUGAGAAAGACCUGGAAACUGUGCAUAUGCCGUCGCAGCACAAGGACUUGAAAGAUUUCCCCAAGUACUACAGCGGCAGAAGCCAGGCGCCAGUGACGACAGUCUUCAUCGGGGGCAAGAAUGAAGCCGCCAACCUGCUACGAGAGCACUACUACGGGGGCUGGGUGGCACCUGGCAUCUACUACCUGGGCGCCGCAGGGGUGCUGCGCUGCGGGCCACUGCGCGUGGCCGGGGUCUCCGGGCACUUUGUGUCCUCCGACUACUUCCGGGGCCGCCACGAGUGCCCGCCCUUCACGGAGGAAUUCAUUCGCAGCGCCUGCCAUGCCCGUGAGUGGGACGCAGCGCGUUUAGAGAAGCUGCAGUCGCCCGUGGACAUCGUGGUGUCCUAUGAUUGGCCUCGAGGCAUUUGGAAGCACGGCUCGUACAAUCAGAUGUGUGAGCAGCAAGAGCUGGGCGAGAACCUCAAGCGUGAAAUGGAAGGCAACACCCUGGGCAGCCCCGCUGCCAUGGAGCUGCUGCGGAAGCUGCGGCCUGCCUUCUGGUUCUCGGGCCACCUGCAGGUGAGAUUCCCUGCAUUGGUCUCUCACGGGGACGGCACCUUCACGCGGUUUCUGGCAAUGGACAGGUGCAAGGGCGGCCGAGAGUUCAUGCAGGUCUUGGACAUUGACCCUGGGACGCCUUCUGCGAUGCGCGCCGUGGCACCGCUGCCCAGAUGGCGACAACCAGCGGCACCGGAGAAGCUCUGCUAUGACCCCGAGUGGCUGGCCCUUCAGAAGGUCAACCAUGAGAACGUCUCCUUCUCUUGGCACCCGGCGAAGGCAAAGCUGCUAGCACCAUCCAAGGAGGAGGUCGAGUGGGUCAAGGCCCGCCUGAAGGCCGGGGAUGGCAGCAGCCCGCGGCAGCCUUUGAAGCGUCACCCCAACCUUUUGCCCACGAAGCUCCGCAAGAGCGGCGGCGUCGGCAGGCAAACCUUCCAAAACUUCUCCACCCUGCAGCUGCGAGAGCUCUUCGAGAUCCGGGGCUUGGAGUUCCCGGGCUACCUGGACAAGGCUUCCAUGAUCAAGCGCCUGGAGGCCUUCGAUGCCCUCCACGGCGAGGAAGAGAAGGAGAUGGAGACCGAGUCCUAUCCAAUCCCUCUGAAUUUCGCUGCCACCGCCGCGAAUCCUGCCUGGCAGCGUGAUCACCUCCUGCAGAUGCUGGAGCUUCCGGAUUUGUGGAAGGAGCAAGAGGAUCAGCGCCGGCAACUGCGUGGCGCAUUGCCCGACGCCUUGAAUCCUUUCAAGGCACCGCCCAUACUGGAGGACCCAGCUGCUGGCAAAGGCCAAGAGCCAGUUCCCGAGCCGCUGGAGUCUGUGGAACAGGGAGCUCAGGAGAGCGAACUCAACGCCUCAACUCCUGGCGAACCUCAAGAGCAGGCUGAAUCGGAAGCUGCUGAGCCAACUGCCGAGCCAACUGAGCCAACUCCUGAGCCACCGAAUGUGCCAGAGCAGCCAGCGGAACUUUCACCAGAACAGGCUGCAGCAACACCUGCUGGAGGUGCAGAUGAGCCUGCGCUCGUAGCAGAGCCCUUGCAGCCUUCGGAGCCCCUGGAGCCUUUGGAGCCCUUAGAGCCCCUGGAGCCCUUGGAGCCUUUGGAGCCCUUAGAGCCCCUGGAGCCCUUGGAGCCUUCGGAGCCCCUGGAGCCCUUAGAGCCCUUGGAGCCUUCGGAGCCCUUGGAGCCCCUAGAGCCGCUGGAGCCCCUGGAGCCCUUGGAGCCCUUAGAGCCGGAGAUGCUUGAGACGGACGCCGAGCCAAAGAUGCUCGCGGAUGAGUCAGAGCUUCUGGAGCUUAUGGAGCCUGAGGCUGAGAACGAGCUCGAUGCCUCAGCAGCUGCGCUGGCUGCAGCAAUGAUGGGCCUGGCUGACUUUGAGGACGGGCCACUGACCUUGGCGGUUGAGCCAGAAGAGGAGAUGGUUGAUGGCGGGGAAGCUCGUGUUGACUACACCGUCAGCGAUCAGAGCCUGACAGAUCUGGUCGAGGCAGUGGAAAGCAACCUGCCGCCCGACCAGGGCGCAGUGGCAGAUUGGACGAUGCCGGGCAUCGGUGCUGAAUGUGGCUCCAGUGAGGAGGCCGGCUUCGCGGCGUUGGCGCGAGCCCUGGCAGAGGCGGAACGAGAGGAAGCAGAGGAAGCUGUAGCCGUGGUGGAUGCUGAUGCGCCCCUGCCCCGCAAGCGCCGACGUUUCUGA